CCUUUUCUUAUAAUGGUACUCACUCUUCUCCCUCUCUCUCUUCCUCCUCUCCCUCUCUCUCUCUUCCAUACAUCUUCACUAUCCCUCAUUUCUCUCUCUCGUAGAUUUCCUCACUUUGUGGGGGGAGCUAGCAGUGGUUUGAAUAAGUAGAUUUAGAUUUGAACUUUAAGCUUUUGGAGAUUUCUUUAGGAUUUUAAAAGACCAUAUUUUGCCUAGUUAUCAAUCAAUAUAUAUAUCCUAUCCUAGCGCUUAACAAAAAAAGGUUUGAAAUUUUUAAGUAAAGUACUUUUGACGGAAGAAAAAAAAUCAUAUUGUAGAUGGAGGAACACAGCUCAUGAUCUUACCUUCUUCUUUCUCACCUAUCCAUGUAUAGUUUUCCUAACAUAUAAUUUGAAAAACGAAAAAAAUAAAAAUAAAAACCAACCCUUUACCCCAAAAAAUACAUUAUUGGAAACUUCAACACUUGUGAGAGUUUAAUAGUCAUGAUCAUUUCACUCACUUACUUAUUAUCUUGUUUUUAGGCAAAACUCAUUUGCAACCUCUUACCUAAAUUAGCAACCUUAGUUAAGAUUUGACUAGUUUCAGCCUUUUGGGAGAGAGGAGUUGUUGUAGUAGUGGUACUUUCUUUCACCACCAUAACCCACAUCAAAAUCAAGGCCAUCGAAGGGCAAAAGACAGAUAAACAAAAAUUGCCAAUACACCAAAUAUUUUCUCAUCCCAAAUCAAAUAACCUUGGUCAUUUUUUUAGCAUUUUCUUUCUUGGCCAAAAGUUUUAUGUUUGCGUUCGUGCAUGUGUUUUUGGAGAUUAUAGGGUUUUAAGUACAUAUACUAUGGCUGAUCAAGGUACUAACACAAGUAGUACUACUCUAUUAAGAGACUACAGAAAAGGGAACUGGACAGUGAGUGAGACAAUGAUUCUGAUCGAGGCAAAGAAGAUGGACGACGAGAGAAGAAUGAAGAGAAUCACAGGAAACGACAAUGAUCAAGCAAGGAGCAGUGGUAGUACUACUCCCACCAGUAAUAAACCAGCCGAGCUUAGAUGGAAAUGGGUGGAAGAUUACUGUUGGAGAAAAGGGUGUUCGAGGAGCCAAAACCAGUGUAAUGACAAGUGGGAUAAUCUCAUGAGGGAUUACAAGAAAGUGAGAGAUUAUGAGAGAAAAAUAGCUGAAAAAUCAGCAGGAGGAGGUGAAGAUCAAUCUUAUUGGAAGAUUGAGAAGAAUGAAAGGAAAGAAAGGAACUUGCCUACCAAUAUGUUGCCUCAGAUAUAUGAAGCUUUGGUUGAUGUGGUUGAGAGAAAAAGUCAGAGGCUAUCGGGUGGAAUUUGUGGAGUCUCUUCCAUACCCAGUUCGAGUCCAAGUAUUGGGUAUCAAAUGGUGGAGAGAACUAUGAGUAGUGGUGGUGGUGGCGUUCAUCAUCAUCCUCCUCAUCAUCAGCUACAGCAAACUCCAUUAAUGUCUUCUCAGGCGCUAUUAAUGCAGUCACACCACAUUUCAGCCACACCAAUUACAGCAUUGCCACUUCCGCCGCCGUCGGUUACCGUUACUGUAGCAGAGGUAGCGGUGGCGCCACCGCCUCCUGUACAAGUACAAGCUCAGCAACCUCCCCUUGCUCUUCCUUACUCGCAGCCAAUAAUAUUGCCCACAAUGUGUGAUAGCUCAGAUUCUGAUACAAGCGAGCAUCCACACUCACCAGCAAAGAGAAGAAGAAAAGGACCAGAACAACCAUACCAUCUUCAUCCUCAUCCUCAUCAUCAUCAUCCGCUUCAGCCUCAGCCUCAGUCCCAGCCUCAGACCCAACCUCAUCAAGGACCAGUUCCUCCUCCUACAACCAGUGGCAGUGGGAGAUUAAUAAGUAGUAGCACAGCUAAUAUAAGCCCAACCUCAAGUGAUCAUCAACAGCAAGUAGUGGCCACAGCUAUCUCCAAGAGUGCUUCCAUCAUAGCAGAAGCUCUUCAUGCAUGCGAGGAGGGAGAGCAGAAGAGGCAUGAAGACCUUCUCAGCUUACAUGAGAGAAGGCUUGAGAUUGAGAAGUCAAAGAAUGAAGUCAACAGACAGGGCAUUAAUGGACUUGUUGAAGCCAUUAACAAGCUCGCCAAUUCCAUCCAAGCUUUGGCUUCUGAUCAUAGGAACCAAUCUACCUCUAAAUAACCUACCUUCUUAACUAGUUAAUAUUUUAUAUUAUAUAUAAUUAUUAUUUAUUUCUUCCUAAUAAUAUUUAUAUAUUUAUUUUUAUAUAUCGUUAUAAUAUUUUCUAGCUGUUAAGCUCUUAUUUCUUCUUAUUAUUUGUUAAUGGUGGUUAUUUUGUAUUAAUUUAAUUCUCCCAUUUUGGUUGCUCUUUGUUUUGUACAUAUAAUUCAUACUUCAAACCUUAUUGUGUACCCCAUUUGGAUUUUCAUUAAUCUAAUUAUAUUUAUUUUGUUUUUA